AAAGGGUGCAGAAAACCAGCACCAACCUCCAUUCUGCGUAAACAAGAGAGAACUUCAACUCAGAUUAGAGGGUGAGACUAUGUAUCAACAGGAUUACCGAGGGAAACACCAAUUGGUUGCUACUGACAGAAUGAAAUUUUGCUUAGACGGUUCUCCAAAACGAAAGGUUACUUCUAAAGAGUCCAAGAGAGGAACAUUUUCUCCAUGCAGAUGGGAUUCUAAUCAGAUCUGGGAACUGCACUCAAAUGGGACCAUGGUAAAUAGUUACUCCGGUCUUUGUGCAACAGUAAAGUUUGUUGAAGCUGAGGCUAAUGCUGGUGGGAUUCGCUCUUGGAUUGCAACAGGAAGAAAAGGGGAAAUCUACCUUGCUUUCUUCAAUCUAAGCGAUGAGAAAACCGAGAUAUAUGCAAAGACAUCAUAUCUGGGGAAGGUUCUUCCUGACAAAAGGAUCGAUUCAUGCAAGGGGAAGGAAGUGUGGAGUGGAAAGAACGUAAUCACAACACAGGGGACGAUAUCAAUGGACGUGGAAAUCCAUGGAUGUGCACUAUUUGUUCUAAACUGCAACUAGUCCUUCUUCCAAUUAUUUAAAAACUGAAAAACAAAAAAGCACCUCAUUGUUCAGUCUUUUUUCCACUCUAUUUAGUUCUUGUUUCACUUGAAGUUAGGUAAAAGUUUGUGAUAGACAAACUCUAAAACAACACAUUUUAAUUCUUUCUCUUGAAGCAAAUUUUCUCUUUGUAACACUACUUAACUUUAGUUAAUGAAAACAGCACUUUAUGUGUUUAA